AGACUCUUCAUUUCAUCAUGCUGUGGCUCGUUUUGCUCUUCUGUGGCGCCGCUUUAGCCCAAGAUGUCACCAACACUACUGUGGUGGAAAGAUGUAGUCCUGACAUGUGUGAUCUCCUGAAACAGUUCGGUGCCAUGUCAGAGAAACUCAGCGCAGUGGAGACAAAGCUACAGGACAGCGUGACCAGGCUACAGGCCAGUGAGGCUAAGCUGAGGAAGGCUGAGAGCAGUAUAAGUAACCUGAGAGUAAAGCUCCGGGACAGUGACACCAGGCUGAGCAACAGUGAGAUCAGACUACAGGCCAGCGAGGCCCAGGUCCUGGAGCUCAAGAACAAAGGGAAGGUCAAGGUGAUCUUCAGUGCAGCAGCAGCAGCAGCAACAAGAGGAAACACACAUGUUGGACCUUUUCUGGUUGAAACAACUCUAAUCUACAGGACAGUGAUCACAAACAUCGGCAACGCCUACAAUUCAGCCACAGGUGUCUUCACUGCCCCUGUUGCGGGCGUUUAUUACUUCACUUUCUUUUAUGCUGCUGAAGGGGCACACAGAGUUCAUCUGAUGCUCUACAAGAACAAUUUGAUGGUGGUCACUGCCAACGAUCCUCUGUCGUCUGACAACGGUGAUAACGGAGGAAACGCGGUGUAUCUUCCGCUGGCGAGAGGAGACCGUGUUUAUGUGCGCAUGGGAGCAAAUUCAUAUGUUUAUGGGAAUGGCUACCUGACGACCUUCAGUGGUUCUCUGAUCACUCAGCUGUAAGGAUCAAUACACCGAUCCAUCAUGUAUUUAUUACAACUGUAUGUAAAGUUUGAUGAAAAAGUAAAGCGUUGAUUGUCCAAUAAAAAAUCUGAUAAAAAUCUUUA